UUUUUUGUCAAUUAUAUUCUGACAGUCCAUUAUGGAAAGCGAUGCUCGGCGGCGAAUUUAGAAACCUCGACGUAUAAAGAGAAAAAGCAACAACUAAAACAUGGAGGAGAGAAUUAAAGAAAUGAAAAAGAAGUAUGCCAAGAUUCAACAAAAUGUUCAGAGGUCAGAAAGAGCUGCAAAAGCCAGAUCACAUGUCCAAAGGAAAUUAGCAGAACAAAGAGCCCUUCAGAAUGCUGAAGCCACAACACAGUAUCUAAAAGAAAGCAGUAAUGUAUCAUGUCCAUCUACAAUGUCACGAUCAGAUCAGUGUUCUUUGCCUGACACUGAUUUAAAAAGAACUUCUCAUAAUGAUUUGAAGCAUUCCAAGAGUAGCGUGUCAUUUUCUCUUGGAGAUAAAGCCAAUUUAGAGAAAAAGUCUUCAGACAGCAAAGAAUCUGAAAGCAGUGUGAGCCAAGUGGGUCUUGAAAAGGGUGACAGUCAUGGGAUGCCGAUUAAUUCUGCUGUACAUGGAGUUAAGUCAGAGUCCUCUGAACAUGUUCAAGGAACUGACAAGAAAACCAGUGAAAAUGUAACAGUUAUUAAAAAGAGUCAGGAAUCUCUAGGAAGUGGAAAAUCUUCUCAAAGGUCAUCAUCAAAGCCAGGGAAGCAGCUGAAAAAACAGGUGCGGCGAUCUCGGGAUAUGGAAUACUUGGCACCAAGUCUUAAAGAGUCCAUGGAGUUUGAUAGCUGUGGAAAUAGUAGUCACACCUGGAUGGAUGACAUGCCAUAUCCUGCUGAGUAUUAUGUUAGAAGAACAAGGAGUAUGAAGUGGAAAGAAUGGUCAGGGACUUCUUGUAAAUCAGCACUACCAAGGGAAUUAAAAGACAGUCCUGAUACAGUCUCUGAAAAAUCUUCAAUACCUGACAAAAUGAAGAAGGCAGAACAUAAAUCACCUGAGGUGUGCAGUCCUCAGCCAAGUAUGACAGAGGGUAAGAUUGACCCCACAACUCUUUCAUCGGAUUCCGAUCAAUCUCAAUCUAUUCUCCAAACUUUAUGCACAAGCUCUGAUUCACGGAUAUCGUUAAGGAAAGAGAGAAAGAAAUCUUUGAGGUCUUCCCAAAAAAGCUUCAAACAAAUUUCUGAAGUUGGUAGUAAUGAAUUGAGUGUCUCUUCUAAAGAUUCACCAAAGUCAUGUCCAAUUAGAAAGUUAGAGAAUGUUACAUGCCAAAGUGCAUCUGAAAGUGCAGUACAAAUUGGAAGUAGGAGACGAUCGAAGUUGUCACGUAGGAAGGUAAAAUCAUGUGACAAUAGCCCAUUAGAUGUUCAUCCCAAAGAGCUAAUCAGCAUGGAUGGUGACAAAUAUACGAGAAAUUCAGCAAAGAUAUUAGAAUUUUCUGACAUAGACAGGAGUGAUGAAAAAGUAUUAGAAUCGUCCAUUAAGAACCAAGAACAAGAACCUAUCUGUUCAAAUCAACAAAUAUUAACUAGAGAACAUUCACAACCUGUCAUCUCAUCUUCUAAUGAAAAGUAUCACAAAAUCUUUCCAAAGUAUCCACAUCAUCUUCUUCAAAAAUCUGCAGAUUUUUUUCUUCCUGACUCUGAAUUUGUCCACCUGAAAGUUGCUAAAGUUAGAAACUCACCUGUCAUGGCAAGGCAAUCCCCUAAACAUUCUGUUGAAAUAACAAACACCAGCUGCAAAGUCUUAGACUUAGAAGAUGAUUCACAUUGGGAGUGCAUACAAUUAAAUAUGCAACAGAAACAUGCUAUAAAAGCAUAUCUACCUAAAAGUAUACCAAAAAAUAAAGACUUUCAGUUUGAGGAACUCUACUCUGAAUCUAAUGAAAUCUCAAAUAAAAAUGCUGAAAGACCUAUUACAGAUGAGGAUGCAGUAACUCUAAGACCUAUGUUAGAAGACAACCAAUACAGCGGGUCUUUGGAUCUUCUUUGCUCAGAAGGUAGUAGUGCUCUUGUAUCUGAAGUGCCAUCAAUUAUUGGUGAGGGUGAUUCUUUGACAGGAGCUGGUCUGAAUUCUGAGCCACUUGUUUCCAGUGGUAGUGAUGGUAUAAAUUUAAUAAUUCAGUGUGAAGAACAUUUUGAAUCUUGUAAACAACAGGAAGAAAAAAGUGAGGUGGAGACCCACAAAGACAAUUCUUCCAAUUCAGAAUUGAUGAAUGUAAGUGACAAUGACGUGAUGUGUCCUGGUGAAGAACUCAUGGCUGAAAAUGAUGGCAACAAUUCUGAAAUAGGGAUUAUGCAAAACAAUUUAGAAAGAGACAGAGAAAGAACACCAGUUGAUCUCAUGAUGAAAGACUCAAUUGGUAGUAAUGUCACACAGGAAUCCCCUUUCUCUGGCGUUGCCACAGGUACUCCUCCUCGGCCAGCUGAAAUUCCUGAUGCCCAAGCUCUUUGUGGUAAAUCAGAAUCAUUGGAAGAAUCAGCUGUACAGUUCACUGGAUGUCUUUCGCAUGACAUUAAUGGUAGUGUUAUUUGCUUUGAUGCUGUAAAUUGUGUGCAACAUGAAUCAGUGUCAUCAAUUGCAGUUGUCUGCUUCGAGAGGUCUUUAGUCAUGUGGUCAGAAAAAGAUGGAUGCUGGGCAGUUGAAGCUACCCUUGAUCUCACUCAAGUGGAAUAUUUUGAGAGUGUUUGUUUAGUGUGUGUCAACCAAAGCAUCUGGUUGACCACUGGUGGUGUCUUCCCUUCAUCCUGUUUGAGGUUAUUUCAUCUUAAUAUUGACGGCACACAUACACUUCAAGAGCGUAUGAUCAGAGUAUCAGAUUCAUAUGCCAGAGGUCACAUAAGCACCUUGUGUUCUAUAGCUGAUGUUGGCAUUGCAGGUGCUUUUUACCAAUGUCAGUUUAACAGGUCAACUCUCUUUCAUAUACCUUUGGAUAUUUUUAGCAGUAAUAUACCAACUGAAGUCUGUGAAGUUGGUAUCUACCCUGGUAAGGUUUCAUCCGUCAUUGAAGUCACUGGCACACAGCAUUGGAUUGUGGGAUUGUCUAAAGACGAUGUUGUACUUGGAAACCUUAAAUUGGGACAGAUUGUUAAGUGCAUAUCAUGGCCAACAUCUUUCCCUGAAGCACCUGAAUGCCUAAAAGCUUCCACUGAAGGGGGUCUUCUGUUUAUGGUGCUUGGUUGUCAAAACAACGGAGGAUGCAGCCGAUUAGAUGUUGUUAAUCCAGAGGCAGGCAGAACAUCAACACUUUUAGAGUACACAAAUGAAGACAAGCAGCAGUUAAGGUAUGUUAGUGCAGCAGCAGAUGAUCAGUACCUAGCCAUGUGCUUCUCAGACGGCAGCAUCAGCUUUUGGAGCAUCUACUCGGGCCAGUUGCUUGUUCAUAUUAGAGAACCCACCAGUGAUGAGGUGCCCACCUCUGUCAGGCUGCUUGAGUCGACAACCAAUGAUAAGACGUUACUUUGUGUUGGAUCACAGAAUUGUGUACAUUUUCAAGCAUUGAGUCUACUAAACUGACCUUAAAGUUUCAACAGUCUAGUUAUAUUUUAUUUGGUUUUAAAUAUCUAGAAAACCAAGACACCACACAGCUACUGAAUACAAGAUGAGGAAGUUGAAUAAAUUUAGUUGUUAAAGUUAAAUCCAUGUUGCAUAUUGUAUUUUAUUAUAACAAUAUUUUAUCAUAAAUAAUACUUCAUAAAUAAAAGCAAAAUAAUUA